UAGGACUUUUUUCAAUUUUCCGGCUCGGAAUGCCGCGUGGCCACAUUCAUCUGACGUGGCUGAGUACAAUGACAAGGAACAAAAAAUCAAAACUGGUCCCACAGGUUUUGGGAGGUGACAUUUUUGGUCCCAAAAGAAUCCAUAAAAUCUUAAAUAAUCCCGCCACGUGUGUGCCACGUGGCAUUCCGGGCCGGAAAAUUGAAAAAUGUCCUACUUUUGAUUAUUUUUCAAAAGUUGCGGGACUAUUAAUAUUUUUUGAAUUCCGUUGGGACAAAAAAUGUCACCCCCUUAUGCCU